GUGACAGCAGAAAGGCGGGGCGAGCGCAUUCGAAACUCACCCGCAUACGUUUCCCGCUGUUGUGUCACUUACCGACGCCGCUUCCUCUCUCUCCUCGCGUUUCGAGUUCCAUUCGCGUUGGGCUUCCUUCUUCCCAUUAAAACUUAAACACUCACAAAUUUAAGAGUUAAUUAAAUUCGCAAAACUAGCAAACGAAAACCCUACCUCCUCUUCAAAAUUCUUCCGCUCCCUCCUCCGCCAUGGAGACAGAGGAUCCCAAUCGCCUCCUCCGGCCGUUGCAAUUCCAGUUCCAGCUCCUCCGCUCGCACUCCCAGAUUCAGAGCCAUAUGAGCUACCAGUACUCGCCUUUGCCUCCCUCCCAGUGUCUCCACCCACAGUCGUUUCCCGCUCUCGCUCCUUCCCGCGGCUCCGACCGCCGCCGCCUCUCCGGCGACGCUUCUGCUUCUCUCGUCACCGCCGACGCCCGUUCCGCUUUGGCUAAGCUUUCGUUGAGACCAAAACAGGAAAUAGAUAACGACGCUCAGAUUGGUGGGCAAGAAGCUGCUGCUGGGCCAAGCAAGGUAAUGAAGGGUAUUUUACCUCUACCACAGUCCUUCACAGGUGCAAAGCAUAAUGGUAAACUAAAAGUUCCUAAGCAUACCAAAGUUGGGACUCAAAGAUCAACUGCGGACUUCUGUAAUGGUCUGGGUCCAGCUCAAGCUAUUGGUUGCCGUUUUGACAACUCUUUAGGCUUGUUAACCAAGAAAUUUAUCAAGCUAAUUUACGAGGCCAAGGAUAGAACCCUUGAUUUGAAUAGAACAGCAGAGGUGUUGGAGGUUCAAAAGAGGAGGAUAUAUGAUAUUACAAACGUUCUUGAAGGAAUAAAUUUGGUAGAGAAAACUUCAAAGAAUCACAUACGUUGGAAGGGAUAUGAUGGGCCGACACCAUGCGAGCUGGAUGAUCAUGUUUCUAGACUAAAGGAUGAAGUUGAAAGUCUAUAUGAGGAGGAAUGCAGGCUUGAUGAUGCUAUAAGGGAAAAGCAAGAGCUUCUAAGGGCCCUGGAGCAAGAUGAAAAGUAUAAAAAGUACUCAUUUUUGACGGAGGAAGAUAUUUCAAGUCUUCAUUGCUUCCAGAAUCAAACCCUUAUUGCAAUAAAAGCUCCUCAAGCUAGUUAUAUUGAAGUUGUAGAUCCUGAUGAGGAUAUUUCUUUUCAACAAAGGCAGUUUAGGAUGAUUGUCAAAAGCACGAUAGGACCUAUAGAUGUGUAUCUCUUGAGCAAAUACCAAUGUCAACUCGAGAGUAUUGCUUUCAAGAAAGCAAAAUUAGCAGGUUCAUCUUCUUGCAAUCGUAGUGACUAUUGCAAUGCAGAACAUGGAGGGAUAUCUUCAUGUCAUCAGGGCGAGAAAAAUACUUCUGAAACUCUCAGCUUACCAAGCUCAGAGGCAUCUUCUGGGAUUCAGAAGAUUAUUCCUUCACAUUUCGAUGCCAAUGAUGAUUAUUGGUUUAGAUCAGAACCUGAUGUUAGCCUUACAGAUCUAUGGGGUAAGCAACUUCCUCCCUCUCUUUUGCCCCGAAUCUUUUAGAAUUAGUCGCCAAGGUCUGCAUCUUCCACCUCUCCUUGUAAAAAAGGGAAUGGAGCAUUUAUGUAACGGAUAUGAAUCCAAAUCAGAUUUGGAUAAGAUGUAGCCAUGUAGGCUUACAGGGAAUUAACUAAAGACUUUCUUUAUUGGAACCUACAGCGAAUUAGGCCCGGAUCCAAAGCAAAAACCUCCUUCAAGACCGUUCUAAGAAGAGUAGCGCAGCGUUGGGCAAUGAACAUUGACCGUAGUGUAAAUGGGAAUCAGGUAGUUGAUUGUUCCAGACGACGUGAGGGAUACCAUAUUCUUUUCAUGUUUUGCUAUACAAAUGUGUAGUUAGAACUUUCUAUUGUUUUAGUAUAAUCUAUAGUUACUGCUGGAAAGUUUAGACAAUGUAGGGCAAGGAUGCCAAUUAGAUGGCUGCCUGACCAUUUAGGCAGCCUAUAUGUGUCAUCUGAAGGCUGAGGAAUGACGAGUUUUGGUCGAACCAUAGCUUAUCAACUUUGUCGAGGGAUAGAUAAAACGAUAUGGCAGUUACAGCGGUUUUGAUGAAGUUUUUCUAGAUCAAGUUUCCGUGUUCAGAGAUGCAGAUGAGGAUUGCUUUCUAUAGAUGGACGACCAAUGAUAACAUUACAUAAUGAAGGAAGGAAGUUGUAUGCACUUUGGAGCUCCGGUCGCGUGAUAGUUGGGAAUCUUUGUUCGUUGGAGGGGAGGCUUAAACCUACGAUCUGGUGAAAGCAAACAAUAACAAGCGUUGGGAAUAAUGUCGGGUGGUGUCAUCGGAUUCAACAAUAAGCCGAGGAAGGCAAGGCCGAAGGGGAAGACAUCCUACUACCUGAUCAUAAACAUUACACAUUGGAUAGAAGUUGCUAAAUUAAUUAGAAAUUUCCUUUUUUUCCCAAUGAUUUUGCAGCAGUAUCUGAAUUAGCUUUAUGCAUAAUCAAAGUCAAUGAGAAAUACGUGCCUCGCACGUUAUCAUUAGUGUA